GUUCAACAUGAGAGUGAUGAGAGUCUCCCUUAUCUUCAGGCACCAUGUUUGGCUGAUUUGAAGAGAUAGGAUCAUAUGAAUAUCUUCAUUAGAUUGUUUAAUCAUUACUGAUUUCAGGAUAUCAAAAUGUCUCACAGAUCAGAAGAAAUGGAUAUCGGAAAACUGCAACAAAAUGCUCGUGACCAUCUUGAAAAGGCCUUCUUGGAGCAAGGCAAAGCCUUUUUAAAAUCUGAAGGGCAAAAGAAUGAUCUUGAGAAAAAGCUUGAACAGAACGAGGCUCAAAAGAACGAUCUGCAGAAAAAGCUUGAGCAGAAUGAACUUGCCAAAAAAGAGCUUCAGCAGAAGACUGAAGAUGAACAGAUGUGGGCGGGCAUGUAUUUUAUUGUUAGGGAAGAGCAGAAGCAGAGUGAAACUCAGAUGAAAGAGAUUCAGAAAAAGCUUGAGCAGAGUGAAUCCCAGAAGAGAAAGCUUGAGAAGAUUGAAGAAGCUCAAAAGAACGAACUUAAGAAGGCACUUGAGCAAAGUGAACUUGCCAAAAAAGAGCUUCAGCAGAAGACUGAAGAUGAACAGAUGUGGGCGGGCAUGUAUUUUGUGGUUAGGGAAGAGCAGAAGCAGAGUGAAAAUCAGAUGAAAGAGAUUCAGAAAAAGCUUGAGCAGAGUGAAUCCCAGAAGAGAAAGCUUGAGAAGAUUGAAGAAGCUCAAAAGAACGAACUUAAGAAGGCACUUGAGCAGAUUGAAGCUCAAAAGAACGAUUUUGAGCAGCGCGAGAUGAAAUUAAAACAAGUGCAGGAGCGGGUUAAUAUUGAGCAGAGGAAGGCUAAUGAAAAUUUGUUAAAAGAAAAGAAUGAAAAUGAGGAGCUCCCGAACAAGAUCACUGAGUUGGAGGAUCGUAAGAAUCAAGUUCAGGAUGAGGAGGAUUUAGAUGAUGAGUCUGAGGACGAGCAUGAAGAGAUGGGUGAAAUUCGAGAAAAGUUAAAGGAGAAAGAAGAAGAGCUGGCCAAUGUUGAAGCUCUAAACAACACACUUAUUGUUAAGGAGCUUAAAAGCAACACUGAACUGCAGGAGGCUCGUAGAGAGAUAAUCAGAGGAUGGGAAUCAGCAAGUCGUGCUUUUAUUGGUGUCAAGAGAAUGGGAGAGCUUGACAGCAAACCAUUUCAGACUGCAUGCAAGAGAAAAUAUAAUACAGAAGAAGCAGAUGACCAGGCAGCAGCACUAUGUUCUCUAUGGGAGGAUUAUAUUAAGGAUUCAAGCUGGCAUCCAUUCAAAACUAGCAAGGAUUCCUUUGGACAUUGUAAGGAGAUUAUUGAUGAAGAAGAUGAAAAAUUGAAAAAGUUAAAGAACGAGUUUGGUGCUGAAGUUCAUCUGGCUGUGUCAACUGCUUUGCUGGAAUUGAAUGAGUAUAAUCCCAGUGGUAGGUAUGCACUUAAAGAACUAUGGAACUUUAAUCAUGAUAGAAGGGCAUCAUUAAAAGAGGGAAUAUUGCAUCUCCUGAAGCAGUUGAAACUGCAAAAGAGGAGAAGAACCUCAUGAAGGUUCUGACCACAUCCUGUUGUCCAAAAUUUCAGAGUAGGGGAUUGUCUCGAGAGUGAUGGCGCUCAAGGGAAUCGAGAAGCUGCUAUACUUUCCUGCUAGGAAGCUUUUGAAGUUGCCCUGCCGAGCCUGUUUCGUAUGUGAAAAUCAAGUCGUUUCUGUGUAGUUUUGUAGUCCAACUUACAUAGUUAGGAAACAAUCAUUAUGUAGAACUAAGAUUUGGAUAGUUCCAUGUCAAUUCCAAGUUCCCAACACGUUUGUUCACCCUGACUUAAAUGACUUCGUCUUAAAUCUAUGGUCAAGUUUAGUUGGACUGA